AGAUAAAAAAAAAAUUGUUACUUAUAAAUAGGACCAAAGAGAGUAAUACUUUAUCUUUUUUCCUUUCAUCACUCACUCUUAGAAUCUCUCUCUAGUGUCUCUUGGAUGUGAUAUUGGGAUGUGUGGGAAUCAUUUUUUCAUCCCUCGAAACUACACUAGAAUGGACUAGUGCGGUAGAAAAAUUGGAGGAUGCGGGUGCCAGCUCAGCUGAACAUGAUGUCUGUCUGUCGGUUGCGCAAUAAUCAGUCUACUGAAGAUGAUAUUCUCUUUCUCUGCCCCCUUCCUUUUCCUUCAUGCACUGUACUGUACUAGUUUGUUAGGUUUUGCGAUGCUGCACCUGCACCUGCACCCACUCUCCUUCAUUUCUUCAUUUUAGCGUGUAUCACUUAUCAUGUUGUAACAGUUAAAGAUAACACGGUGUCGGGAAGGAGCCUCGAAAUCAGUUGUUCGAGACUAAUAAGAAGUUUAGCAAGAGGAUGUCAAAUAGUAGGAAUACUCAUUGGUGUCAUAGUUGCAGGAGGCCAGUUCGACUCGGAUGGCGGGAUUCGAUUUGCCGUAGCUGUAAUGAAGGAUUUGUUCAAGAACUUGAUGAUAUGGUGCCUGUUAACCCUCUAGACUUGGUUGGACUGGACAACAAUGAAGAACAUGGCCAAAGGUUUGGACUCAUGGAAACAUUCUCAGGAUUUAUGAGGCAUCAAAUGGGAAAUAGAAGCCAUAGGCAUGACAUCAGGGCACAACCAGAUUCAAUUCCUGAACAGGGUGCAGGGUUUGCUCCUUUGUUGAUCUUCGGUGGCCAAAUUCCUUUCAGAUUGUCUGGACAUGGUGGCAUUGAAGCUCUCUUCAAUGGGGCCCCAGGAAUUGGAAUGACACGAGGCAACACGGGUGAUUAUUUUAUUGGUCCUGGGCUAGAAGAAAUGUUUGAACAGCUCUCAAUUAACAACCAGCAAGGCCCGCCACCCGCAUCCAGGUCCUCUAUAGAUGCAUUGCCUACUAUCAGAAUAGUGAAGAGGCAUCUUCGGUCAGAUUCACACUGCCCAAUAUGCAAAGAAAAAUUUGAGUUGGGGUCUGAAGCAAGGCAAAUGCCAUGCAAGCAUAUGUAUCACCCAGAUUGUAUUGUUCCCUGGUUGGUCAGGCAUAACUCCUGCCCUGUUUGCCGUCAAGAAUUGCCGCCGCAAGUAUUGAGUGGCUCAAAUGGUAGAAGAAGUAGAAGCAGUAAUGCAAAUGAAAGGGUAAGUAGUAGGGAGAACCAGGGAAGGCGAAAUCCUUUUUCGUUCUUGUGGCCUUUCCGCUCUUCUAUUUCUGGCAGUAAUAAUCGUGCAACUGGAAGAACCUCAACAACACCAACUCUCUCACAAUAGUCAUAGUACAGGGUAUUCUGGGUGGCCAUUUGAGUGACUUCAGUGUCUGUACAACAUAUUCUGUUCUUCUCUUCAUUUUUAUAUAAUUAAUUGAUUGAAAAAUGUUGUGGACUGAUGGUGAUUGCUUGGAGUUCCUGUAGGUGACCUGAGUCUACCGGUCUGGAUUUGUUCUCUCAUGUGGUCAACUAUUUUGUAUAAUGUUGCAUAGAUUUUUUUUGAUAAGCAUAGAUUGUUUUAUUGAUUC